AUGUGGGAGUUCCGCUCGAUGAUGUUCUGGCGGGCCGUGUUCGCUGAGUUUUUCGGCACCAUGUUCUUCGUCUUCUUUGGGAUGGGCGCAGCUCUACGCUGGACCUCCGGGCCGUACCAUGUCUUCCACACUGCCCUCUGCUUCGGUUUCGCUGCUGCCACGUUCAUCCAAUCCAUCGGCCACAUCAGCGGAGGACACAUCAAUCCGGCCGUCACCUUCGCGUACUUAAUCGGCUCUCAGAUGUCCUUUUUCCGAGCUUUCUUCUACAUCUGCGCUCAGUGCCUGGGGGCCAUGGCGGGAGCCGCGGCCCUGUAUGGAGUUACACCCAACAACAUGAGGGGCACACUGGCACUUAACACGCUGCAGCCUGGCAUGAGUCUCGGCAUGGCGACUACAGUGGAGGUGUUUCUCACCAUGCAGUUGGUGGUUUGUGUUUUCGCCGUCACAGACGAGAGACGAAGCGGCCGUCUGGGUUCUGCUGCUCUGUCUAUUGGCUUCUCUAUCACCAUGGGCCACCUGAUGGGGAUGUACUACACUGGAGCUGGCAUGAACCCGGCUAGAUCUUUCGCUCCUGCUAUCAUCAUGAGGAAUUUCGUCAACCACUGGGUGUACUGGGUGGGACCCAUGAUUGGUGGAGCUAUGGGUGCCAUCCUGUAUGAUUUCAUGUUGUUUCCCCGUAUGCGGGGUCUCUCCGAGCGGCUAGCCACCCUCAAGGGCAGCCGAUCCCCAGAGACUGAGAACCAGCAGGACACCCGCGGGGAGCCCAUCGAGCUGAAGACUCAAACCCUAUAAACCUGCUAAGAACCUGUGGACCGAAAUCUGGCUCUACCUCACUGGACCAUCUCGCUAUAAAAUCCUGCGCUGGGGGUCGCAUAUCCAUGCUAAAAUCUUUAAGGGAGAUGAAUUGAGUAGACUAUUUUGUUUAGUAUUCUAGGUUUGUUGCUGAUAUCAAUGCAGGGCAGGGGGCGGGGUUAAGGAAGGGUCUGGGUGGAUGUGGGCGGGGCUAGAGCUGUUUAUAUAAGCAUAUGCUUUUCACUUUUCAUCUGACUUCACUUUCACGAUUCCUUUUCAAUUUCGUUUUCUACAACACCACGAUGUGGAUGUAUGCAACUUAACCAGGGUUUCACACUUUUUAUUUUUCAUUUCUGUGAGAGUUCACGUGAGUGUGCAAGUGAGUGCAAACGUGUGGGUCAUUUUGUGUGUGUGUGUGAGGGAGAAGGUGCCCAGGUAUGUAGGCUACUGUGUGUUUAGCUUGUGCAAGAUGAUCAAGUGUAUGUGUGAGUGUGUCUGUCAGCUGAGCAAUUAUUUUGGGUUUUUAUCAUUACAGCUCGCUCGUGUUUGUACCAUGCUUAUGUUUUUUUCUUAUUAUUAUUUUUACGGGACUCGAAGACACCCCAAACUGUAUUGUUUGCAAUGAUACUCCAUUCACUUUGAGGUUCACACAAACCACCCGUGGACUGAGCUGACUAAACACAGCCGAUCUUAGUCGCCAGUCUCUGCAAUUACUUCUCAAGUUUACAGUGUCUGUGCCUUUCAUUAAAUCUUGUUUGAGGAUAACACCCAUGACUGGGAAAAAAAAUAAAAAAUAAAAAAGCAACA